ACAAUUUCAUAUUCACCAGUCGCAUUCCUGUGGUAAACGAUGCAGUGUUUAAGACUGAAACCGCCGCUAUCGUUUCCAGUCACAUUCUCACCUUCCAAACACCUCCGACGAAAUCACCUACCGGCGUGGUCCUCAACCCGAUCUCCGAUCAAGAGCAUGUCAACCACCGUGGAGCACAUCGUCCUCUUCAAGGUCAAAGACGACACCGACCCCUCCAAGGUCACCGCCAUGGUCAACGGCCUCAGCUCCCUCAUCUCCCUAGACCACGUCCUCCACCUCACGGUGGGCCCAAUCCUCCGCAACCGCUCCACCUCCUUGACCUUCACCCACAUGCUCCACAGCCGCUAUAACUCCAAGGAAGAUCUCGACGCCUACUCCGCUCACCCCAGCCACCUCGGCGUCGUCAGGGGGAAUGUCCUCCCCAUCAUCGACGACCUCAUGGCCGUCGAUUGGGUCGCCGAAGAUCUCCGCGGCGAUAUCGUCACGCCGCAGGGGUCGGCGAUGCGACUUACCUUGUUGAAAUUGAAGGAGAAUGCGGAUAGCGGUAAGGUUCUGGGGGUUAUCAGAGAAAUUCCGGAGAGCUUCAAGCAGAUUAGUCAGCUGAGCUGCGGCGAGAAUUUCUCCCCGGCGAGAGCUAAGGGCUUCUCGGUUGCUUCCCUGGCGGUUUUUCCUGGACAGGGGGAGUUGGAGGAUGUGGAUUCGAAUGGGGAGGUGGUGAGUUAUCAUAAGGAUAAGGUUAGGGAUCUGCUAGAGAGUGUGGUUGUGGUUGAUUAUGUGGUGCCGCCGCCGCCUGCUCAGUCUGCUAGCCUUUGAUAAGGUUAUUGCUUCUCUUGCCAUUGUAACUGUUCAAUCAUUGUUUUUGCUUUAUCAUCUUCAUGUAUUAAGCCUUCAAUGCUUUGUUGUGAUGUGCAAUGUGGGGAAUAAGGUUUGAGAGAGAAUGCUUUCUUGUGGUGUGCAAUGUGGGAAAUAAUGAAAUGUUAAUGGUUAUCUUUUAGUUUCUA